AUGGUUUCUCUUCGCCUCAUCUCUGCAAUGGUGCUGGCCUACUGCACCAUAGUCACAGCCAACCCGGCAAGUGAUGCCUGGUUCACGAAGGAAAUCAAUGAGCUUAUGGAAGCAAAGGAGCAAAUGGACGAGCUGAUCAAUGACGGAGAGCCAAGGACGGAGGAAUACGAGGGAGAGGAAAUAGAAACUCCCUGGGUGGAAGAGGAACUCGAAAACGAUGCUUUUACAGAGGCAACUGAUUUUAAUGAGCUGGUGUCAUCAAUGGCAAAACCGAAAGUUUGUGUGGAGAAGAAGAAGGAGAAGGAAUGCGAUCGUAAGCUUCUCAUAAGGAUCACUGAACCGUGA